CAUACGGUAGUGCUACUAGGCCUUCUGCUCUCGUCUCGGUUGUGGUCGUGUAUAGUAUUUCGGUCAUCAUAGAUGUUGAUGAUUCAUCGUCUUUUCAUCGUUCUACGCUGCUGCUACAGCCGCGCUAUAAAGCAAGUCGUGCGAAUUAUGUAUUUUUGACCCAUUUGUUUAUGAAUAUUCGUGCGCCGGGUAGGAAGGAAGUUCCGAUGCUACAAGAACUCGGAGGUUCGCGCCCUUUCGUAGCACCUUGACGACCUCCAAAAUCUGCAAGUUGCAUCGUGAAACAAGAAACACGUCGUGGUCGGUUUUUAGUAUGCUAGCGACCGUCGGUCUCGGUACGUCUACGUACUGUAGUGUCUCGUGCGUCGUCACGUUGCCUCGUGCAUCUUCUUCGUCGUGCCACCAAUUAGUGUCAUCUAUUGUAGCCGUGGUCUGCUAAAAAUGCAGCUCGCAAACACUGGGCUAUCUAGUGAACAUAUUAAAGAAGAACGACCACUAUAAUUGUCGAUCACCACACUCCGCAAAAACAAAAAACAGCAUCCCACUAAGAACAAACUACCACCCAAGAAGUUCUUGCCACUUUAUUUCCUUAAUCGGAAAAACAACACGACGAGAAACAACUUCCUCUCGACAACAAAGAGCCCUCGCUUUCAAACUUGUAUCGCUUUUCGGAAAUUUUACACGCGUAAAGAGCAAAAAGCAAAAACAGCAAAAUGGCUCCCAGCAUGAAAUUAUGCAUUGCAAAACUAUCGUACUAGUAGAACAAAUAGGAUGACAAAAUUGGUCAAGAAGAAAAGUGGAAUUUGUAAUGCUGAUUUCCUAAGAUAGGACAUUUUUGUCAUGCAUCACUGCAAUCACUAUCACUACGUGUACGAUACUUUUGCAAUGCAUAGAAAUCCCUGUUGAAGAAGAUGGCCGCCUUCGUGGUGGUCGGCACGCAGCUAUCAAAAGGAAAAAUCCCUCCUUACCAUAUCAAAACGAAGUUUCUGAUGCAGGAUUCGCGUACACAGAUCAGAUCUGUCUUGCUGGAGAGGAGUGCAGGCCCAUACUGAGCCUAAGUAGGGAGGCUUUGGCCUAGGUGUCUAGCAUGAGAAACGCCUGCACUGUAGGCCCAUCAGCAUCACAAACCGCCUGCACAAUGCUGCGGAGCUUGUGGAGUUGUCUUGUUGCAAGACAGACGCGUUCACAAAUCAGCAACACAAAUUUAUUUCGGAAACGUGCCGUGUCAAUAUGGGGAGGCGGGAUUUUUCCUCGCGAUAGCAGCUGUCGCCGCUGCCUACCGUGGACGGCGUGGAGGUGUUGUUGCUGGACAAGAUGCGCAAGAAGAAGACGUAUCAAAAGUGCAAAAACGUCUGGGUCUGGAAGAGGGUAAACUUGUCAUGCUUGCAGGUUUUCCAUGGCCCAUGAGGUUUGGAAUGCGGUACCUAGCAUGACAGACUCUACUGCGAGGUCACUUGCAUGCCUAUAAAAUCCUGCAUGGGAAGAACAAACUACCUGCCAACUUGGUCCAAAGUGGACAGCUUUUAUUGGCGCUCAUGCAACAGAGAUUUUUGCAUGGUUCAGAUUUAGCAUGACAAGUAAUGCAAUCUUCCAGACAUCCGGGGAUAUUUGCAAUCCAUAAGACGAGCAUGAAAACGGCGAGCAAGGUCACGGAACAAGGCGUGGGCGACCUAUUCAGCGCGGGUCUCAAUGCAAUGCAAGCUCAUUGCGCGCUUUCGGCAGAUUGUCUGGAGCUGUAUCAGCGGGAGUGCUGUGGCUGCAAAUACGCGUCGAAUUGCCCCCAAAUUGAGGCGCAUUACAAGACAGUGUCGAACGGUGCGGCCCCGGUGUGCAGGUCCUGCGGUUGCGCGCGUUAAGUGAUUAGUGUGCGGCUGGUCGUUGUCGUGUCUAACUGACUGACACACGCAAGGACAGCACGUACGUUGUUGUCGAUUAAUAAAUACUCAGAACGAGAUUUGAACGGGAACAACACGAGUUCUUGCACGACGCCAUGAUUUUCAAAUUCGCCAGAUGCCUACUUUUUACCAAAGCGAUUCAUUUUUGUCAGAACAAAUUUAUUAUACAAGCGCGAAGUUUUUUAUCAAUUUCUACAAGGCCUGCAUCUAUCUUCGAGGGUCAUUUUUGUCAGUACAUUUUGAAAGAGAACUACAACAACCAGAUCGAUUCGAACAAGAUACCGAAUAAUUAUUAAAAACUCGUUAAAAAAAAGCAUCUCUACUAAAAAAAUAGGAAUAUACAAACGCUAACACAUCGCACUGCUUUAAGGUUUCAGCACAACAAGAGCCGAAUACUUAUCAUUACAAGCACUUUUCUCUUCUGUCUACAUCUAGAACUACUGCAAGAAAAUAAAUCUUCAUAAGCGAGUAACAUGGAAAACGUGGCAUCCCCGCGUCGACCAUGUUUUGUCUCGACGUUUCACACGUGAUAUUGAUACUAUUCACACACACGCAAGACGAACGUCACAAGCGUUGGGUCUUCUUGCACCAUCCCCAUAUACAACAAGACUUCAAGCUCGUAGUUCCAGCAAUGUUUAUUUUCUCUCUCAAGUACUUACACAAUCGAAAGAGGUAUCAAAUGCAAAAAUGUCUGGGUCUGGAAGAAUGCAGGUUUGUCAUGCUUGUCUGGCAUGACUCGAGAAUCUGUGUUGCAUAGGCAGUAAGCAGCCCUCUUACCUGUCAUGCAAACACGCAGUUUGCCAUGCGGAAUACGGAAGACAUGGCAGCCAAAAAAUUUGUCAUGCAUAGUUGCGUAUUGCAGUGCGUCUAUCAUUCACUUUGAACACUACAAGUUUAUUCCGGACCCAGACAUAUUUGCAAUCCAUAAGAGGUAGAGGACAUUAAUUUUCAGAGCCGUCGCGUAGUAGUUUGUCGUUGACAUCGUCAUCGCAUGGUCGUUCUCAACAUAGCAUCGCCUUCGACGCUGAAGGGGUGCUUAUCCUAUCGCAGACACGGAUGAGGCGUUGCGGUUACCAGCACAGCGGAGCGCGAAAUAAUAUUGUAGGAUAAAGGCAGCCACACCUCCGCGAUAUAGUAAUCAUGAAAUGUUGGGAACAAGAAGCCAUGUAGAAGUUGACAAGAGCGAACUUCUACUGGGGUCGUCCUUGUGCAGCUGACGAGCAUAUCCUGCUCGACACAAGAAAGCAAGGCCGGACGAUAUCGUAAGGAAAAAAGCCCCCACCCCCAAACUUAAAAGCAUUUGUAUUGCAAACCUUUCCAAAUGAAACAUUCGCCCUCUUGCAUCUAUCAGCAUCACAAAUUUCCCAUGCUGAAUAGCGAAAAUUUGUGAUGCAAAGGAGCCCAACAGCAGGCGAAUCCCUGAUGCAAAAGAUACCUUGCGCACCUAGAUUCUGCAUCAGAAAUGCUUGCGCUCCUUUCAUGCAUGACAAAAAGUUUUCAUUUGGAAACUUCGCAUCACAAAUUUUUGCAAUUUCAGGGGCGGGGGGCAUUUUUCACUGUGAUAGACGAAAAGCAUUGAAGAACGUGCGCGCUUCUUGAAUUGUUGUACCUUUUACUACCAACGGAAGAAGACAAAAAAUAAGACCACUUCUGCUCGUCGGCGUCCCUCUGCUGCAAAAUCGACGCACGCAGUUAACCGUGACAAAUUAUUUUCUGUUCGUUCUUUUUUUCCCCCUCUGUUUAUUUUGGUAUCGCAUAAUCGAUCCUUUCUGGCUGCAAAAUAAGUACCGGAGAACGUCGAGAGCCGCACUUAUCUGUUUCUUUAUUUUCUGACGUGAGUCCCUUCUGUACAACAACUGAUGGCUUCUUUAUUUUCAUUUCUCAUGCACGUCGCG